AUAUCGUUAAAUACAAUAUUGUGCAAUUCAAUAUUUAUAUUAAGCAACAUCAAUAGAAAAUAAUAAGAAUAUUGAAGUUUGUAACUACUACUGUACUACUGCUACUAUUGAGUUUUUGAAAUAACAUAAUUAGUUCAUGUUCAAAAAUUAUUUUGUAAGUUGUGAUGGAUGAUAGUGUUGAAGACAAAAUAAUAUAUCAAGUUUAUUUGUCACACAUGAAGUUACUAUCAUCAAAACUGACAUUAGCUAAGAACAAAGUUAAUUCUUUUUAUAACAUGUGGAAAUAUAUGCAAUUUUAUAUUACCAAACCAGAAGUAAUAUUUUUUUUGGCAUUAAUACUAUGCUUACUGUUUUUUUCUGGUAAUUUAUUUCAAAGCACAAAUGGAUUUUUAAAAAAAAUUCACCGAAGUCUGUCAUUCAUUGGUUUUAAUGAUUUUCAACAAUUGAUGGUUGAUGAAAAAGAUGCACUUAGUAAGAAUUGGAAAUUUGAUGGUAAAAAUGUUGCUUUAUAUGCUAUCAAAGGUCGACGAUCACAAAUGGAAGAUAGAUAUGUCAUUAAAACUAAUAUUAUGAACACUGGAAUAUCAUUAUUUGCUAUUUUUGAUGGACAUGGAGGUGAAUUUGCUGCAGAUUAUGCAACUACWCAUUUAAUGAAAAAUCUUACAAAUAAAAUUAUUGAAGUUAAAAAAUUACUCGAUGAAAAAACUGAUACAACUGAAGAAUUGAAAAUAAUUAAUUCAAAUACACCUGAUAAUUUAACUCCAAAAAUGAAAACAAAAAUUACUAAAAUUGAAGAACAUGCACCUACAAAAACGAAGCCUACAAGUUCUGCUGAUGACAGCGUUAUUAGCCACAAUAAACUUAAUCAAAAUUCUCUACAUUUAAAUAAAGACAUAACUACAUUAAAAAAUGUUGAUGAUGAGCUGAUAAAUCCUUCUUCAUAUUUACAAAAAGAUGGGAAUAUUAAUUUUUCAAAAAUAUUGAUUGAUGAAGUUUUAGCUGCUGACAAACUAUUGAUUGAAGCAGCAAAAUUAACUUAUGAUAUUGCCGGUAGCACAGCACUUAUUGUAUUAGUUGAAGGCACUACAUUGUUUGUUGCAAAUGUUGGAGAUUCAAGAGGUGUUAUGUGUGAUAAAAAAGGAAAUGCUAUACCACUAUCAUUUGAUCAUAAACCUCAACAGAUGCGAGAAAAGAAACGCAUUGCUGAAGCUGGUGGUUUUAUAUMAUUUAAUGGUGUUUGGAGAGUUGCUGGUGUAUUAGCUACUUCUAGGGCACUUGGAGACUAUCCGUUAAAAGAGAAACACUUUGUUAUUGCCAAUCCAGAUGUUUUAACGUUUGAUUUAUCACAUCAUGAUCCACAAUUUAUAAUACUAGCAUCAGAUGGCUUAUGGGAUACAUUUACUAAUGAAGAAGCUAUUGAGUGUAUUAAAAAACAUAUAGAUGAUUCAUUUUAUGGAGCCCAAUACUUAACAAUACAAUCAUUUAAUAGAGGAUCUCUAGACAAUAUUACUGUACUAGUCAUUAAAUUUCCACCUAUAUGGAGUAAAGAAUCACAAGUAGUUGAUCAUGGUGGUAGUAAAUAUUAAUUGUUAAACAUUAUAAGCAUGUUUAACAUAAUAGGAACAUUUUGUAAUUUUUUACCUCUAAAACUAAUAUAACUUAGUAUUUAAAAUAAUUACCCACCUAUUUUAGUGACUUAAAUUAAGAAGUUAAUCUUUGAUUUUUUUUCAUAUAACUGUUAUGUUUGUGGUUAUGUUUACUGUAUUUAUAAUUUAAAUUAAUAUAUAUUGUAAUCCUAUAAAUAUCAAUAGCGAAUUAUUUGUUCUAAGGCUCUAAGCACAAUCAUUUUUUCUGGCCUGAAUGUGAGUAAACAAAAUAAAUUUAUUUAUUAAUGCCAAAUAUUUGAGGAAAUAAUUUUAAUUAAAUAGUUGAUAAAGUUAUAAAUUAAACAUUUAAUAACAAAUGKUUAUUGUGUAUUAAAAAAAUAAUUGUUAAUAUGCCACAGAAUUGCCAGAAUUAGUAACCUUGCAAUAAGGAUAGAAAAUACUUUCUAUUUUCAUCAAUUAUGAGAAAAAACCCCAUUUUCCAUUUAAAAAAUAAGAAAUUAAGUAUGUAAUCUAAAAUAUUAUAACUAAAGUUCUGUUUUAUAUGUAUUUACAUAUCAUUAUUGAGCUUAUACAAUCUAAUGAGAGUAAUAAUUGUGGACAAUUCAUUUAACACAAAGUACAAAUGUAUUAUAUAACAUAGUAAAGAUGUAUUUUGCAUAUUUGAUAAUAUUUUAUGGGUUAGGGAAUAUU